AACCAGACUGGUUCCUCAGAGGGGGGGUCUGCUUCCUGAACCCAGACUGGUUCCUCAGAGGGGGGGUCUGCUUCCCAAACCCAGACUGGAGACAAGCUGGUGGAUAAGGUAACAAACAGCCUUUAAAGGGAUUUUAGGUACAAACUUUUUGAAUGGGUUCAUCGUAUUGUCUCCAAAAACAGAUCCACCUGCGUGAUGUGCAAUUUAAACACGGGUGUUAACUUGUUUUCAUAGAAAAAUUCACCUGCCUGAAGAGCCAAUAUUCAACUCCUGUGUUUUUAUUAUCUGACAAUGCUCAAACAAAUCAACGGUAUAUAAACACUGCCUUGGCUUCCUGAAGGCAUUCAGUCACCAGACUCUGAAGCAGCAACAACCUGAUCGACUAAAGUCCCCACAAGAUGGCAAAAACAGGGUUUCAGCCCGUUCUGCUGCUCUUUCUGAGCUGCGUCCUCUGGGUGGGAGCAAAUGCGAGAUGCCCCAAAAGGACAGAACUCUUGACCAAACUAAGAUGAACUGCAGCCCACUGGUCCACGGAGGUGCCAGAGGGGGCCUCCAUCAUCAAAUCAAAUCCAUUUCAGAUAACGUGUGGAUGUGGAGCGACGGCUCACCAUUUACUUUCACCUCCUGGGGUCGCGGGGAACCCAACAACUAUCGAGGCCAAAAAGAGCCCUGCAUGGAGAUCAGGAAUGCAGGAAGUGGUUACGUCAAUGAUGAACCCUGCCAGAGAAGGUCCGCUUUCAUCUGUGCCAAAAAUGCCUAAAUGUGUCCAGACACCCCCCACUCCCCCUUCCAAGUGUCAGGCCUCGAUGACAUCACUACAAAUCUGAUUUAAAAUGAUUUCAAAUAACUCCAAUCAAAUAAAUCAAUAAAUGUGUGUCCCUCUCAGCAUGACCAACCGUCUGUGCGUCUUUCCUUACUUCUGAGUGUCUAAAUAAAAGUGAUGUAUAAGUUGUUGUUUUUGUCAUUUUUGGGAUGUAUUCCGGCAUCACAGAGCAGCAGUUUUCUCAUCCAUGCGACAAAAAAAGUGGCA